UCUGCGUUGCACUGCGCACGCGCUGCCCGCACGCGGUUCCGGGUUCGCAGAUCUGCAGAGGCGCUUGGGCUCGGCUGGUUUAGGGAGCUGGGUUUUUUUUUUUUGUCUCCCUCCGGUUCCCAGAUCGCCCACCUUGUCACAUAGGGGUGGCCGGGGGUAGGGGCUGUGACCGCUGGGUCAAGUUGAGAGUUGCAGCGUUGGGAUUCGAACUCGCUUUCCGCGAGGCAUCCUAGAACUGUCAUGACCCAGUCUUUGGUUUGUCCCGAGACCGUGAGCAGGGUCAGUUCUGUGCUUAAUCGCAACAGCCGGCAAUUUGGAAAGAAACAUCUCUUUGACCAGGAUGAAGAGACGUGUUGGAACUCUGACCAGGGCCCCUCCCAGUGGGUGUCACUCGAGUUUCCCCAGUGUGUUCAGAUCACACAGCUGCAGGUGCAGUUCCAGGGUGGCUUCUCCAGUCGCCACAGCCGCCUGGAAGGUUCCCGGGGUGGGGAAGCCCUCUGCCAGGUUGUAGACGUCUACCCCGAGGACACCAAUGCCCUUCAGACUUUCUCCAUUCCCACCAUGGAGGUGGACCGACUGAAGUUGACUUUUGAGGACACCACUGACUUUUUUGGCCGUGUAGUCAUCUACCACCUGCGGGUGCUGGGUGAGAAGGCAGGGUGAGAAGCAGCUAUUCCUUCAGGAAGCCCCCCUGGGAGGCACCCAGAAGAAGGCUUCAAGUUCAGCGCAGAUUUAUUGGUCCCCAUUGCGGAGGGCCCUUCCCACCACUGUCCAGGAGCCGCCUCUCACGCCAGUUGUGGGCUUACUGUCCCUGAGUGCCUGGUUCCCCGCAGGCUGUCUUCACUUUUGAUCCACAGGCCCCAGGGUGCUCUGGAACAAUCUGAGGAUGUGGCUCUCCAUCACCUGUUGCACUGUGAGAGGAGGGGGGAGGAGGGGUGAGCCGGGAAGAAGGGACUGAAGAAGGUGCUCAGCCUCAGAUGUAAACAGGAGACCUUGGGGGAGCAGGGAACUGUCCAGCCAAGUGCUGUGCUGCACUUGCUGGGCUGGGCUCCUACCUUGAGAAGAGGUUGCUUUAAGGCAAGGCUUGCCUGUCUCCCUCCACUUCUGCAUCCCAACCACCCUCCGAAUUGGAGCUCUCCCUGCCUCCAGAACCACGAGUCCAAAUAAAAUGUUAAAAAAAAC